UAAUUCUCACUACCUUUACCCUAGAUCUAAAAGAGAGCUUGUAUGUUUUAUUAAAAAGUGCAGUUGCUGCAUAGACUACAUCCAAAGCCAUGGAGACCAAUCAGAAAGCUAUGAACUUCUGGAAAGAGAAGGAUCGCUCAACCACCAGUGACAACUCAAAGACCAUAAGCCCUCGACAAGCAGCAGCUACUCUCCCUACCAAGAAAUAUUUAGCUCUUCCAAAGCGACCUCCACCCCCAGCUAAGACUGACAAGAGUCUAGCAUCAGUUCUUGUAUCUCCCUCUCUCUUGCAUAAGAAGCUGCAUGUAUCCAAAACCUACCCACAUGGCACCAUAGAUACAAGAGCUAGAGGGACACAACAACACUACCCUGAGGCCGGGCCCGGGGGUGGUGCUGGCAGGAGCAAGAUCUGCACAGAGCCUAGAGGAGUCAGUGUGUCUGAGCUAGCCAAGGCUCUUGCUCCAACUCUCAAGCAGUCUACGUCAAUGUCUGCAAUAAGAAGGUCAUCAACAGGCAAAAAGGAACUUACCAAAAGCUUAAGCCAGAGCAGUGAUAGACGUGGCUCAGCUGGCUCCAGGAGGUGGGGCUCUCUCACUGGGUCUGUUUCGUCACAUUCAGGGUUCACAUGCUAUUUGGAUGGACCCAUAGAAGACCGCCCACUGAGAAACACACCCUCUCCUCCCCUCCCCCUUUCCCCCCUUAAAGAUGUGUGCGACCUUGUUCGUAUCACUGAAUCAGACACGUCCACUGACGAUCACUUCACCCCCAGUACGGCAUGGUCUCUAGAGAUGGAAGAGUUUUGGAAGGUUGUUGAAAAGGUAUCCCAAGGCAACCGUGGUGAGGUGUGUGAGCGGUCCCUCCUACUUUCCCCAGUACUCGUGACAUCUCAGUCCCCACCCACUUCAAAGCUGUAUGGAGUCGCCACAUUCUCUAGUAGCAAGUCUGAAAAUACCAUCACUGUCCUGGUUUACUCCAACCCAACAGAUCCGCCUGUGUCACUACAGUGUAGUGGUGUAACUGUGGUGCAGAGUCUCAUUGCCAGGGCUCUUAGAGAGUCUCGUGGUGGGAAGGGAUCACAGGAUGUAACAGUCAGUAGGCUAAAGGUCUGCGGCAGAGAGGAGUUUCUGCAUAGUGAUCUGGGUUUGGGGCAGCACGAGUAUGUCAAGCAGUGUCAAAAGUUGCGGACUGAUGUCAAGCUAGUACUAGUGGAGAAACCUCCCAACCGUAACAAGAUGGACCACCCCCUACCUCAGGGAGGUAAUACAGCAGCUGGUGGUUCUUGUAUAUCACAGGAUGAAGCCAACAGUCUUCUCAACAGCUAUUAUGCCAAGGAGCAGAAGUUCAGGUCUGUUUUGGAGUCGCAUGAGAAUAUGACAUUGUCCCCGGUGAGUCUCCCAACGCUGACUCAGAGUGUGGUGAGAUGUGUGUGUCUCCUCUGUGAGAGGAUGUGUUUCAUGGAGCCGCCUGACAUGAUCGAUGCUGUGUUCAACCUGAGGAGGUCUUGCAAGACAGCUACUGAACUGGAGCUGGAGGAGUCGCUCUUCUCUCCAACUGAUUCGUCAGCUGUGUCCCUCCCUGAUAACGAUCCGUGGAUAUCCAUUCCUGAUGGGAGCUACACUGUGCAGGAGGAGCAUGUCCAGGACAUACUUCAAGCUCUGGACCUCCUGAAACUAUCAGUACAGCAUCUCGUAUCUCUGUACUGCUCAACCUUCACUCCUGGAUACAGCCCACAUUGGGUAGGAAGUGUGGGUCCCACUGAAGACAUUGCCACACAGCAUGGACACAUGAGAGUCAAGGUGGCCGCUCUGCACAGGAUAGCAGGGCAUAAGCUGGAAAAGUUUAGUAGUCUGCAAGUUGAGGUGUGUGUCUAUUAUGGAGGGAAGGCACUGUCCAAGAAAGCGUUCUCACCUCAUGCAAAACUAUCCAGAGACUUCUUUGAAUGUGUGGUGUGGGACAAAUGGCUGAACCUUGGUGUGGAAAUCUCUAGCAUUCCUCUUGAGAGCCGAGUUUUGUUCAUUCUACAUGGGAUAGAGAUCGGUUCAGACCACCAGCACAUCAGGUCACCAGUCGCCUGGGCUGCCCUCAGAUUGUUCGAUCAUGACAGAGUGCUGGUGCGAGGGUCUCAGGUGGUGGGGCUGUGGAUGGAGGCGGAGCCUGAUCCUGUAGACUCCAUGUACUCUGACCUCCACAAUCGUAAAAGCAUCAUUCUACAGGUUGGAUUUGAAGAGCCUGAUAAGAGGUACCAGUUCCCAGUCACUUUGCCCAACAGACUGAAAACCAGUCGUCCUGCCCCUCCCCCUAAUGUGAAGAGGACCAUUGUUACCGUCGGAGAGAGAAACAGGUUUCAGAGUCACACACCCAGUGAACUUGCCAUGGUGUGGUCUAACCGGAUGUUCUGCUCUGGUAUACUGAGCAAAUGUCCCCGUGGCAUUUCCACGGUGAUCCUAUCCGCCCCCUCUUUUGGCCGUGGUGAGCUGGGUGACAUCUGGGCCAUGAUCAAGGAGUGGGGAAGUGUCACUGAGCCAACGUUUGGUCUGGAGUUACUCGAUGCACAACACCCCGACAUGUACGUACGGAGCAAAGGUGUAGAGUGGCUUACAAAGCUAAAUAACGACGACCUUUGUGACCUACUACCUCAGUUGGUGCAGUCACUCCGCUGCGAUGUGUUCCAAGUGUCUGCUAUGACAGAGCUACUGUUGAAAAGAGUGAGGUCUUCUCAGAGGGUGGCACACUACCUCUUCUGGCACCUUCGAGUUGUUAUGGUCUCUGACAGCAGGUUCCAAGAGAGGUACUCUCAGCUGCUGGCUGCCCUUGAGCUAUUGUGUGGUAAUGAACUCCUACUACAGCUCAAUACACAGGUUGAGCUAGUGAGUCACCUAAGCUCAGUAGCGACAGCAGUGAAGUCCUCCCGAGUUUCACACAGACAAACAGUUUUAAUCCAUGGGCUACAGAGUGUUGCAGACAAACUGAUGGGACCCUUCAGCCUCCCACUCAACCCAGCCAUGGUAGCCAGGGGGAUAUCCGUUGAGACCUGUGCUUACUUCAACUCGAACACUGUUCCUCUGAGACUGUCCUUCCUCAAUGCUGAUGCCUGUGGAGAGGACAUUGAGAUCAUAUACAAGGUGGGCGACGACCUACGCCAGGACAUUUUGGUGCUACAAAUGAUUAAACUGAUGGAGAAGCUCUGGCUGAAGGCUGGCAUCGACCUCAGGAUGAUCACCUACCAGUGUGUUGCCACCGGGGUUGACGAAGGCAUGUUAGAACUGGUGACAGAGGCAUCGACACUGAGGGAGAUUCAAACUGAACACGGGGUCACAGGGUCAUUCAAGGACAAGCCUCUCUCGGAGUGGCUGAUGAGGCACAACCCGACAGAGAGCUCUUAUCAGCAGGCUGUAGAGAACUUUACUUUGUCGUGUGCUGGCUAUUGUGUGGCUACCUUCGUUUUGGGCAUUUGUGACCGCCACAAUGACAACAUCAUGAUCAAGAAGUCUGGACACAUGUUCCAUAUUGACUUUGGAAAGAUCCUGGGCAAUGCCCAAAUGUUUGGGAGCAUCAAGAGGGAUCGAGUACCUUUUGUGCUGACAAGGGACAUGGCGUAUGUCAUCAAUGGAGGGGACCAGCCUACCACCAACUUUCAGAAAUUCACAGACUUGUGUUGUGCAGCGUACAAUGAGCUCAGGAAACACUCGUCUUUGCUACUCAGUCUCUUAUCUCUAAUGCUGUCCUCUGGGCUGCCUGAGUUGUCCACCACUGAGGACAUUCAGUAUGUCAGUGACGCCCUCCUUCCAGGAAAAUCAGAGCCUGAGGCCACAUUCACAUUCACCAAGUACAUCGAGGACAGCCUCUCCUCAUUGUCUACCCCAGUAAAUUUUUUCAUCCACAAUCUAGCCCAGUUCAAGUUUUCAAGCAGUGAAAAUACCCCUGCUCUCCUCUCAUUUUGCCCUCAGGCUUACAGCAUUGCUACUGACGGCAAAGUUACCAACACAGUGGUAUUGGGGUUCCACAAGCGCUUUCAUCCAGACACACAUUAUAUGUAUCAGAUCGAGAUCUACCGAGACUGCAGUGCCAAAAAAUCUGUAAUAUUUCGCAGAUACAGAGAAUUUAAUGAGCUCCAAAGGAAGUUAGCUCAGUAUUUCCCAGAUGAGAAUUUGCCAGUGCUACCCGGAAAGAUCUUCACUCCAGGAAAAUCUAACACAAAAGAGACAUCUGAGACAAGGCAGCUGAAGCUGAACGAGUAUUUGUGCGGUGUGCUUGAGAUGGAUCCCCGAGUAUCAGAAUCAGAUAUUGUGUACACUUUCCUACAUUGUUUGAUACGAGACGAACAAGAACUGGGGAAGUUGAAGGAAGAGGAGCAGGGUCUAUCAUCUUCAUCACUGGGGAAAGUGAAGCUGGAGCUGGCGUAUAAAGUGAAACAGCAGUGUCUGUCAGUGAUGGUCAGACAUGUGAAAGACUUAGCUCCUCGCGAAGGAAUGGAGACUGCCGACCCGUAUGUGAAGGUCUACCUUCUACCAGACUUGCAAAAGACAACAAAGCAAAAAACAAAGAUUGCCAAAAGAACCCUUAAUCCCACUUACAAUCAGCAGUUUGUGUACGUGAUACCCCAAUCCGCCCUAAGCAACCGCUCCAUUCAAGUGUCAGUGUGGGAUGCAAACAGAAUAGUCAACAAGCAAUGUCUGUGUGUGGACACUAUCAAGCUAUCCGACUAUAGAACUCAAUUGCUACAGGGAACAAUAGUAUCGGACUGGUUUGAAAUGUCUCCUUUUGUAGAAAGUAAAACGGUAUGGCAUUAAUCAUUACAUGUAUGGUUUGUACUAUGAUCGCUGGGCUUUCGUUUUUUACUUUUGAAUAUACAAAGAUUUGGAUGACAA